AACACCACGCCUCUGCCAAACCGCGCAUCGAGUCCGUGCUCCCGCCGCCACUUGAAUUCAACUAUGGAUCGUGACUGCUCCUGUGCCACCACCGGUGGAUCUUGCGCCUGUGCCAGCUCCUGCAAGUGCAAGGAAUGCAAAUGCACCUCCUGCAAAAAGAGCUGCUGCUCCUGCUGCCCCGUGGACUGCGCCAAGUGUGCCCAGGGCUGUAUCUGCAAAGGUGCCUCCGACAAGUGCAGUUGCUGUGAUUGAUCCCGAAGAGGCUGCUUCCAGCUGUAAAUAGAACAACUGACAUAGACCUGUUUCUCUCUCUCUCUCUCUUUUUUUUUAAGUAACCCUUACCCGUUUGCUCCAAUCCUUGGAAAUAUGUGUAAGAAAAAUAAAAAUCCUUCACUUUA